GAACGGCUGAAGCACAAAGCCGUGGUGUGUGUGUUUGUGUGUGUUUUGCUGUGUUGUGUUGAGCAGAGGAAUGGGUGACGGACCCGGAGCCGCUCUUUCUCAGCAGACUUGAAUGUUCUGUUGCCGACAUUCAUCGGGACUCGCGUGGGCUUCAUGUCGGUUUCACCUCCAGCUCUAACUUUCCUACCGGUCACAAUGUCAGACUGGAAAGAUCCGGACAAUGUGCCAGACCCGCAGAUUAACGGGGAAUCAUACCGCAACCCCACUGAAGUGAAGAUGAGUCAAAUCGUGCUGCCCUGCCAUGCAAACCACUGUGGGGAGCUGAGUGUUGGACAGCUGCUCAAGUGGAUGGACUCCACCGCCUGCCUAUCUGCUGAAAGACAUGCAGGUUGUUCCUGUAUCACUGCUUCUGUGGAUGACAUCCAUUUUGAACACACCAUAGGGGUGGGAAAGGUUGUCAACAUCAUUGCAAAGGUCAACAGAGCCUUCACGUCAAGUAUGGAGGUGGGAAUAUUAGUGACCUGUGAAGACCUGUACACAGACAAGCAGUGGAAGGUUUGCCAUGCCUUCGCCACCUUUGUCGCCAGGCGAACCGAAGCUGGAAAGGUACAGCUGAAGCAGGUGAUGCCACACACACAAAUGGAGCAGAUGGAGUACAGCCUGGCAGCAGAGCGGAGGAGGAUGAGGCUCAUCCACGCUGAGAUCAUUACAGACCUACUGAGCAGCAGCACCGCUCAACUGGGAGAAUGCCAGGAGUAUGAGGACGCUGUGCCAGCUGAGAGGACGCGGGUGGAGAGCGUAGAGCUGGUUCUGCCUCCUCACGCCAACCACCAAGUCAGCACCUUCGGGGGCCAGAUCAUGGCUUGGAUGGAGAAUGUGGCCACAAUUGCAGCAUGCCGCUUGUGUAACGCUCACCCAACCCUGAGGACCAUAGAUAUGUUCCAUUUUCGUGGCCCGUCACACAUUGGUGACCGAUUGGUACUAAAAGCCAUUGUUAAUAAUGCCUUCAAGCACAGCAUGGAGGUGGGAGUGUGUGCAGAGGCCUACCAGGGAGGUGAACCUCUGCGUCACAUAAAUAGUGCCUUUAUGACCUUUGAGGUUCUGGACAGUGACAGGAAACCACGAACGCUGCCGCGAAUACGACCUGAGCCUGUGGAUGGAAAGAGACGUUAUCAAGAAGCCGUCGCCAGGAAGAAGAUUCGACUUGACAGGAAAUACAUAAUGUCCUGCAAGCAAACUCAGGUGCCCCUGUCAGUACCGUGGGAUCAAAGUAACCAGAUGUACCUGAGCUACAACAAUGUAUCAGCACUGAAACUAAUGGAUGCUAGAAACAACUGGGUAUUAACCUCUGAGAAAAAUAAGGUCAGACUGUACACAUCAGAGGAAAACCAGAUGCUGUGUUUUAAGGUGGAGAUGCAUGUCAGCGUCCCAGCUGAGCAGACGUUUCACCUGCUGUCAGAUCUGAGGAGGAGGAAGGAGUGGGACCAGCACUAUGAGGAGUGUGAGUUGAUCAACCAGGCAGAUGAAGAGGAUACUCUUUAUCGUGUGACUACGCCGUCUGCCAGUAAAUGGGGCAAAGGCAUGGAGUUUAUCUUACUGGCAUCUAGGAGGAAGCCAUGUGAUGCCAGGGACCCAUAUCUGAUCGCUCUUCGCUCUGUCACUUUACCCACUCACCCUCCCACUGAGGAUUACACCAGGGGAGAGGUGCUCUGUGCCGGCUUCACGAUCUGGGAAGAGUCCAGUUCUGUCACCAAGAUCACCUACUACAACCAGGCCACACCAGGAGUCCUGCCCUAUAUCUCCACAGACAUUGCCGGCCUCUCAUCCAGCUUUUACAGUGCCUUUUCUGCUUGUAGCCACUUCCUGGAAGCCAACAAAGACAGCCUGGUUGCUCUGCCGCUUUCCACUCUGCAACUGGACAGUACUACCACAGCCUCCACACAAGAGGAGUAGGUGGAGGAAUUAGUAGGAAUGCACUUUCUCCUUAAUAUCUCUUCUAGGGAAGAGCUGCUCUGAGAUUAUAAUAUUUUUACUUUUUAGAUUUUAUUUUAUACUGUGUCCAUUCAGAAAAUGAAAAAACAUUCUCUUGUAAAUUGUACACUACAGUGCAUAGAUUUAUUAGUGAUUAUUAGUGACUUUUUUUUAUUGUCAACAAGAGGUAUGAAGCAAUAGUGAACCAGUCUAAAGCUUUUUAGGCUGUAUUGCAACCAAUAUGCCACGCAUAAACAUCUGUGCAAUACUAAUUUAUGCAUCACCGAGUCAUGUUUUGGUACGUAGUUUAACAGGAUGUAAUGAUCUUGACAGAGUCCUGUUUUUUGUUAAAGCCAAGGCCAGUCUUUACAAGGUAAAAAUGAGCUGCUGCAAAGUAGCCCAUGCUGUUUAAAUCAGUCUAUUACUGUAGGAAGAUAAUGACAAAAUAUAUUUUCUACCUCCUUUUAAAACAAAUUACAAUAUAGACGAGACAAGAUGUAUAUUUAAGUGUAUGUUGAUGCUGUUUUAUGUUGACACUGUGAUGUGUAGUUGUAGAAGUUUUAGAUUAUAAUAUAUGAAGAUGUAACACUAACUGCUAAGCUGUCUGUGAUUUAACUGAAACAAUAAACAACACAAUAGACCCCCUC